AUGGGCUUUGCUUGCCUCCUGCUCCUCAUAGCCUUCGUGCAAAGAGGCCACAGCCGUCAGGAUGAAGUUCCCUCUGCUUCCUGUGCCGGCUCGAGGUCAUCGUCUCCUGGGUGUGAUAAGGGUCUGUCCAUGCUCGCCCAGCGCCAUCGUGUCACGAAGAAGGACCUCCUGGACAGGGUGACCUUGGCCACAAGCACGCACACGCUGUACUAUGCCCCCGACUUUCUCGAUGUCGGUGACAUGACGAAGGUGACUACAGAGGAAGUGCCAGCAUGGACGCUGGAAAACGAUCGGGGGGUGCGUGCAAAGGUCAUGAGGAAAGGCGGGAAUCUGGUGGAGCUCUCCAAAGAUGGACAUCCGUAUGUCUGGGACAACACCAAGGGUGCAAUUUACUACGGGGUCAACAGCAGCACCUUCCCCCUCACCCGUGGACUAUACAUCAAUGGUGGUGUUCGCUUUGUGGCAGUAACCCCGGAGCAUGGCUUGUACUACGACUCGCUGUGGGACAUUACCUUUGAGCAGACUGAGGAGACGACGCCAGAAGACUCUCUGCAGUGGGAGGUCACAACGGGGGUUGAGACAUCGCCCAUUAGUGCAAGGUUCAAGGGCUGGGACGCCGACCACUCGUAA